GGGACAUAAUAACCGUUUCCCGCCUUAUUUUUACAGCAUGGAAGCAAGAAAACAAUCAUCACUGCAACCAUGUAAUAUUUUUAUACAAAAUCACAUUGAACAUAACAUUUCUGAUUUGGAAAUCAGCAUACAUAGAUGAAAUCAGCUGUAUAAUUGACUGUUGGGAUAUGAUAUGGAUUUCUUCUGAAGGAUUUUAAACAUUUUAAAGCCAAUUUGAAAUUUAAAAACAUGAUGGAUUUAGGAGAAAUAAAAGAAAUGAAAGGAAUGCAUGAGAGUGAAGCUUCUUGGCAGCGACGAAAGAAAUUUCUGAUAGUAUGUCAAUCUCAAUAUGCAAAAGAAAGAUUGAACACUUUGUCCUAUUGUUAUGUUAAUGUACUACUUUAUGGGUGUAGAUAUUCUGAAACAUUAAUGGAUGAUUUGUAUGAGAGGGCUUGUGAUGUUGCAAAUUAUCCUUGGGACAGUUCAGUAAAGAUGUCAAAAUGGAAUGAAAUUUUUGAAGAAAAACAAGCUGAAAAUAAUCUCUAUGCCUCUUUUGAGAAUCCUGUAAAACAAAAGUGUAAAACUGUUAAAGUCAUAGAAAGUUGAAUGAAUUGGAGUUACAAAAUGAACUUUUAAAACUACUAGAUAGAGAUACAGAUGUUGGAAAAACCCAUUUGAAAAUGCAUUCAACACCUGAAAGAAACCAAAACUUCUACAAUGUAAAAGAAAAAGGUUUGGAUACCUUUUCAGCACAAGGGCAAUUUAAAUUUGACUUUAAAGUCCCUGACGAUUUUCAGUUUAGUUUCAACAACUCUGAAUCUCAGAACUACAUCUGUCCAAUUGUAACGACAAAACCUCAUAGAUCUGAUUCCUCAGAACUCAAACCAGAAUCUCGUAUCAGCAAACUAAGAAAGGCAGUUUCUUCUAUUAAAACAAAUGCAAUUGUGGUUAAGCCAAAAAGUACUGUUAAGUACUCGCCCAAGACUUCUUAUGGAAGUAAGUUCCUCAGUCAAGAGAAAGAUGGAAAAAUUACUACACCCAAUAGAAAACUUGUUUGUGAUACUCUUUUAUCUGUUUUAAAUCAGAAAUCUGAGGAGAGUAAAAAACUAUCUGUAAAUGCAUCUUCAAAAGGAUUGACGAAUCUUAAACAACACAAUAAAUCAUUGGUCAAAGGAAAUGACGAGACUAAACCAUCUAUUUCUGAAACUAAUAGAGCAAAGCUAAGACCGAAAAGAGCUUCCAAUAGAGUUAUACCACAGAAUACCACUAAAAUCAGUUCCAAGGUAGUAAAGAAAUUGUCUGAACAACAACAGAAAUCCAGUCAUAAUCAACCUAAUUUGAAAAAGAAAACUGACACAACACAAAGUGAAAAGUUAAUUGUAUCUAUAGAUAAGGGAACUAGAAGCUUUUCACUCAAUUUUAAUGGUAAAUCAAAAUCAGUCAACAAUGAGAAGAAUUGUAAAGACGAGAAGCAGUUAGAUCUAACAGGAGCACUAAAGUCACAUGACCAUUAUAAAGGUGAAGAUGUCAAAACAUCUCAUAAUGCAGCAAUGAAUAUUUCAAAAGAUAAAUAUCUUGAUUCUGAAAACAUCAAAGUCCAUGUUAAGGAAAUUAAGAAAGCAAUUUCUGCUGGUUUUUAUGACAAUCCCCCAAAUGAGUACAGAAAUGUUGCUCGAACUAAUGAUGCUAAUGGUAAUAUGAACUGUAUCAGAGAGUCAACAACAUCUCACAAUGAAAUACAAAAUGAUGGAAAGAACUUGAAAAAGAAGCCAGAAAGCAGUAUUAAAUGUAGCGAGACACGUCAAAGAGAUGCCACAUGUAAGAGGUCAAAUGACAGUUCAUCAGUUACUGAUAUAAAUAACAACAUAGAACAACAAACGAAAAAGACUUGCAUGUCAGAACCUGUACCAAAAAAUAAAACUUCUAGUAGGUUAUUUGUUAAUACGGCAAAAUAUUCAGGAAAAAUAACCUCGAACUAUCAGAGACAAUCUUUUAAAACACCUCCAGAGUAUGCGAGCGAGAGAUACAGUUCAGAAUAUAGUGCAUUCAAUCCAAGAUUGAUUGGCAAACCAAGUAGGUGGUCUUAUGACUGUGAAGAGAGUUACAACUCUAGAUAUUGGUUUGGACAAGGCUGUAGUAACCCUUACUAUGAUCCUUACAUAGAGCAUUGUAGAAGAUUCGACCCAGAGGGAUUUAUGGCCAGAACAUAUCAGGGUUAUGGAAAUCCAUAUGAAUUGUAUGGUAGAUCCAAAUACAUUCCGGAGUCUCCCCAAGGAUCACAGCACAAGACAAAGGAUACAAAAGAUAGAUAUAUUAAAGGUCAUGAACAUCAAACAAAACAAGUUACUCCAAAGAAACAAGGCUACUGUCCAGAGAAAAGUAUUGAAAGAUAUCCUUCAUCCUAUCAUGGGAAAUCUGAAAUAACCAAAGAUCAUGACAACACUGUGAGUGAAAGAAAGGAAUUUGAAACAGAAAAGUGCUCUGAGCUAAAAAUAGGUCAACACAAGCAGCAAAAAUUAGCAUCCACAGGAAAACCCAAGAAGCCCUCAUCAAAAGAGUCUAAUGAGAGAACAGCUAUGUUAGAGUCACUACUAGAUCGCAUCAGGAAAACAUAAAACUACGUUUACAAUGCCCAUGUCAUGCCUGUGUAACCUGGAUACCAUGUUUGUUUACAUAAAUGUGACACUUCAAAAAGAUGUCGCAAGAUUUCAUCCUCUAAUGAAAAACCUUUAUCACUAGAAUUGUGACCUUUAUAUGACAAUAUUUGAUAUACAGUAAUGAUUUGUAUUCUUUUAUAUUUUGGUUCUCUGAUUGAGAAUUAGAACAAUUAUAUUGAACCUGUUUAUAAAAUUUAUUAUUUUUCUCGGUUCUUGAUAUUGGAAUAUAUCUUUAUAUGGGUUUAUUUUGCUAAUUCAGUAAAGAAAACUGAGACAGGUCUUUUGAAUUUUAUACAUUCUUUGGAAAUCUUUAUUUUAUAUAUGACUUGAUAAGAUAUUGAUAUCUGCUUCAUUUUGUUCAAACUGUUUAGUAAAGUAUACUAAUUUUUUGCUUUAAGUUUCAUGGUAUCUGGCAUUGUAUGAUGUUGUGUUUGUCACUAUUAUUUCUUGUAAAAUUUAUUGUAUUUUCACUAACAAAAGUGAAGUUAGAUUGACAGAGAAUAUAAAAAAUACAUUAAUGAAGCUUCAAAAGAUAAAAAACACAUUAAUGAAGCUUCAAAAGAUAAAAAACACAUUAAUGAAGCUUCAAAAGAUAAAAAAUACAUUAAUGAAGCUUCAAAAGAUAAAAAAUACAUUAAUGAAGCUUCAAAAGAUAAAAAACACAUUAAUGAAGCUUCAAAAGAUAAAAAAUACAUUAAUGAAGCUUCAAAAGAUAAAAAAUACAUUAAUGAAGCUUCAAAAGAUAAAAAACACAUUAAUGAAGCUUCAAAAGAUAAAAAACACAUUAAUGAAGCUUCAAAAGAUAAAAAACACAUUAAUGAAGCUUCAAAAGAUAAAAAACACAUUAAUGAAGCUUCAAAAGAUAAAAAACACAUUAAUGAAGCUUCAAAAGAUAAAAAACACAUUAAUGAAGCUUCAAAAGAUAAAAAAAAAAGUAAUUGAUCAUAUAACUGAAGGUCUGGUUUUUCAUUACCAUGAAAUUGUUUAAAAAAACCAGAAGCAGGUUUUAAAUGGUCAAAUAUCUUAAUAAAGCUUCUAAAUUUUCCAACAAUUUGGGAGAAUGUACCUUAGAAUCUUAAGUAGUACUGAGGUGUAACAUACAUGAAACAAAAUGCAAAUAUCAGACAAUUUUGUCAAACAAUUUAAAUCCUUUUCCAUUUUGUAUUUUUUUUUUAUGAAAUCUUACAGAAAAAAGUUUAUAUCCCCUUAAAAAAAAAGUUAUAACAAUUUUUUUUGUUAUAAUAUAUCCACAAACAAAAAUUUAAUAGUAAUUGAAAAUUAGGAAGUGUGGUAGCAUUGAUACAAGUUUGAAAAUCCCCAAAAUGAUUUGAUGUAAACACUUCAAAAGGUAUAUUUCUUCAUGUCAUUUCACAAAUGUGUGACAAUUUUGUGAUUAUUUUAUGGACCAUGUUUGGAAGAUAUAUAUACAUUUUGUAGAAAAUGGUAAGUUAACAAGUUCUAGUCAUAUUUUAUAUAACAUGGUUUCUAUAUUGAGUAGACUUACUUUAAAGGUUACAAUUUAUAUUUCAUAUUUUUUAUUAUUUUGUAUUUGUUAAAGACUUGGAUAAGAAUCCAUUUGUUAUUUUUUUCUUUUCUUAUUAAAAUGUUAAAUGUUA